AUGUUGGAUCAAGUAGUUCAGUACUUCCACCACCAAAUAGCCACCCACCCGACAGUCAAACAACCCAGGGAACCGCCAAAUAGCCGCCAUCCGAAUGGUUCAGAUGGCGGAGGGAGCUCUUCUUUCAUCAAGAUUCAGGGCAACAACCACUCUGAUAUUGGAAUAGCAGAUGAUGCAAGUUGGUAUAGUGGUAUACAAUCAAGUGAGCUAAAGGCUUCGGUGACGAAUCUUGUGGCUUCAGAUUAUAUUCGGAGGUUCCAUGAGAGGAACAAACACGAAUCUGUUUUGUUGGUGUUGCCGCCGCCACCACCACCACCACCACAACAACCACCACCACCACCACCACUGCCGCAACGCCAGUUUCUCGUGAAGUGA